UUUUUAUUUCAAUAUAACAAACAAUGGGAGUGAAUAUAAAGUAAUGCUAAACGAGGGAGUGACAAACAUUAGGGUGUUGUUCCUGCCAGAUAAACCAAUAUAUCUCCCAUUAGACGUCUGUCUGAAUUCAACAGACUCAACAAACACAUCUCACAUCUGCCGGUGUAAGCUUAAAGGUAUUUUAAAUGUCAAUAAAUCUUCUGUCAAUCCUAAACAGACUUGUGAAGGGGUGGCCUACAAUGCUUCUGCCUGCUUCGGGAAAGAAGGAAGCACAUACAUUUUGCAUGUAAAUGGAGGACAAACAACAUGUGUGACCUGCAUCAAACCAUCUACGACCCCAUCACCCUCUACAACCAUGACUCUAUCCACAGACACGACUGCUUUUACAAACACGUCUCCAUCCGAAGACACGACUGCUUUUACAAACACGUCUCCAUCCGAAGACACGACUGCUUUUACAAACACGACUCUAUCCACAGACACGACUGCUUUUACAAACACGUCUCCAUCCGAAGACACGACUGCUUUUACAAACACGACUCUAUCCACAUACACGACUUCUUUUAUAGACACGACUCCAUCCACAACCACCAAUUCAUCUAAUACCCUAAGUUCCCCAGAAGCCUCAAAGAUGAUGGACAACCUCAAGAACAUUGCAAAUGAGAUGGAAAAAAACAAUCAAACCACUAAACCCGUUACGAUGGAUGGCGUUAAAGGGGUUCUCUACAUACAGGACAGGAGCACAGAACCCAGAGACGUCAUCAUGUUCUCCUCAUCAGAUCAGAAUGAGAUAAAUGUUACUGAGGCUCCAAACAUCGACCGAAAAUGAUUUCUUGGUAUGUUAAAAUUUCAGACGAGGCAUUCAACAAAUCCCGUCUGGAAAACAACGGAAGCGCAUUUGUUGGAGUUCUUCAGUUCAAAAACAUGGACGUCAAUGACAGUAAUAAGAGUCACAUUGUUUUAAACAAAGAGGUGUAUGGAAUAUCGAUGGGAGCCCACAUCUCAAAUCUUUCAAAAAAUAUUGAGAUCAUCAUCAGGACAGAAAACCUGACUGGCGAAGUGUCUUGCAAUUCUUGGGAUGGCAGAGGAAACCUGACGUGGACGACAUCCGGCUGUGAAACGCAAAGAAAUGACUCCAUCAUCAUGUGCUCAUGUUCACAUCUGACGUUCUUCGCUGUGCUGAUGUCGAUUCCCAAUGCAAACAUCACGUCACCACAUGUGGACACAUUGACUUAUAUCUCUUAUAUUGGUUGUGGUUUAUCCAUGUUUUUUCUGGGCAUCGCUCUGUUCAUGCAUUUCUUGUUACGGAAAAACAAAUCGAGCCAGUCCACGAAGAUCCUGAUCAAUAUGUUUGUGGCUUUAUUUAUACUGAAUUUAUCGUUUUUGUCCAACGAGAGCAUCGCCGACACACAAUCCAGCUCAGCAUGUACUGUCAUAGCGUUGAUCAUGCAUUACUCUAUGCUGUCAACAUUCACCUGGUUCUUCCUUCAAGCUCUUCAUAUGUAUUUCUGGCUCAUCCGAAAAAAUAUCACCAUCAAAAACUACAUGAAGAAGAUGAUUGUGUCAGGAUGGGUUUGUUCGUGUCCAGUAGUUGUGAUUAUUGCUGCUCUUGGAGAAUACAAGUCAGUGAUCAUUAGAUCCUCUGCUGAAAAAACAACACGAAUGUGCUGGAUCAAAAAUCACUACAUUCACUACAUAGUGAACAUCGGCUACUAUUCCUUGGUCUUCAGUUUCACAGCAGGAGUCUUCGUCAUGAUCAUCACCAAACUUAUUCAAGCAAGAAACAUGCGUGUGGGUGAUGUCAAGAAAGCAACAUUGAAGACACGUCUGAUGAUGAUCUUGAGUCUGUUUGUUCUCCUGGGCUUGACGUGGGCCGUGGCUUUCUUCAGUUAUGGAGACAUGAUCAUCCCGUCCUACUAUAUCUUCUGUGUGCUGAACUCUUUUCAGGGGUUUUUUCUCUUUCUGUAUUAUUAUCACAUUCAUAAUGAUGCCGAUGGCAGUUUCUCUGAUGAUCUGGACAGAUCCUCUUCCACCACUACAACAGAAGAGAACAUCUAUACUUAGAAAUGAAUUGUAUGCUUUAUUGGGCAUGUUAUUCUUUAGGAUAUUAAGAUGAGAUAAGAUGCUGAGUUUCCUCUCAUAGUGCAGUGGUGACUCCUGCCACAUACAUUUUCAAUAAUUUCAGAUGUUGUAUGUAGAUACAUUUCACUUAAAUUGAAAGUUAUUGGUUGAAAUUGAUUUCCUGAUCUGCAUUUAAACUAAAUUUAGAUAUGUUUUGUGAUAGUGCUUACUCUAUUUUUGCCUGAUGAAGAAUUGCUGCCUUUUUGCAUUUCUGUCUGAGGAAUGUGCUGUAACAUUGAUACAAAUGAUGACUGAUACA